CUGUGGCAGUCUGUGGUCGAUUUGCUUGAAUUUCUUUUUUGUAAUUUUAGUACCAAUUAAUUUUCAGAAAUGUGUUUGAAAUGGAUAAAGCUUACAAUAUUCGAAAAAGACUAAUACAUAAAUAAAGUGAUGAAAAAGUAGACGUGUUGAAAGUUUUAGUGUAGUUUGUGACCGAGAUUUUAUGAUUGAUGUAACGAACCAGUGUACGGCAAGAUGGACGAAUUGUCUAAGGGCAUAACACAAACAGGAAAUACCGCCGCUAUUGAAAAAAAUAAUGAUAAUGCUGGUACAUCGACUCCGGUAGUAUAUUUAAAUGAUUCGUGUAUGGAAUGGGAGAGGGUACGAGCGGCGAGCGAACGGCUGGGCCCGGUGGCGGCGGCGCCGAGCCCGGACACGCUGCCGCCGUCACAACCACCACCGGCGCCGACGUCCUAUCUCAUUACUUCAAUGUUUGAUGGCGAAUUGUUCGACGCUGCACACAGAGCAAAAUACAGGGUGUUGGGUCCAACAGCCGUACUGCAAAUGGCAGAGCGCGACGAGCCACAACCAACGAACACUCGUCCACUCUAUUCAAUGGCAAUGCGCGGCGCUGUAAUCUGCUUCUCUGGAUUCCGAAAAAAAGAUGAACUUACGUACCUGAUAACACUAAUACACUAUAUGGGAGGCUCGAUACGCAAAGAUACGUGCGUUAAAAUGACGCACCUAAUAGCGACGGCAGCCACCGGUCGUAAGUACCGCUACGCAUCGGGCUUUGGGUUGCCCAUACUGGCGAGAUCAUGGGUGGAAGCCUGCUGGGAUCGCCGCGAUGACCCCACCUUCUCCGCCACUGAUGAUGCUAUAAUUAAAGAGCACAAACUCAAAUUGUUCGCGGGCGCCCGCAUAUGUUUUGUGGGUUUCCCCGAGGAUGAGACGGAACAUAUGGCUGAGGUGCUCGCCAACAACGGCGGUUCCACCUGCACUAUUGACGACCCUGAGUGCACGCACGUCGUAAUGGCCAAUGGGGAGACUUACGGUCGUUCGCUUAUCCUAUCACCUCACCCCAGUACCCCCUCCUCGGCGAAACCAUCCCGUGCCACUUCCAGUCGCUCGCAAUCUACACCCAAAAGUUCUUUGUACCGUAGACUAUCAGCCAGGCUCUCAGGCCGCCGCGGUAGCCCCAAACAAACGGAUGAUUCUAAAGAACUUUCUGGAAGUCAGAGCGAGGCUCGUGUUCAACUUGCAAGGAACAGUAUUAGAAUACAACAAGCAAUAUCCAAAGAUCAAACUGAUAUCAGUAUUCCUAGUUUUGUAGGGAAAGCAUUUACAGACGACAUAUCGCCAUGUAAUGACAAUAAUAAAAGUAUAUUGAAUUCAGAUCCUGUAGAUAUUCGGAAAUAUGGGACCUAUGACAAAGAAAACAUGUUUGUAUCUAGCCUACUACGUAGCCAUGCAGGAUUCAAUUCAAAAGAUAAAAGAGAAGUUUUUAGAAAUAAGUCUAUGAAUGUUUUUAAUUUAGUUGACUGUUUAACGGAGACUAGUUCUCUACAUUCAUCAUUCACAAAAAGUUUAUGUGAUUUAGAUUCCAAAGAUGAAGCCGCUUUUUUACUACCAAGUUCGACUGGUGGUAAGGAAUUGCAACACUCAAAUACUACCAUUUCUUCUGGCAAAAAGAGAAGUCGCAAUUCUACAGAUUCAAAUUUUCAAAUUAGCAACAUAGAUGCCAACGUUUCUCCCGAUAAAAGUGAGGAUAACAAUUGGAAAUCGAUAAAGAGAUUAAAAAUCAAGGAUUCAUUUAAAUUUAAAAACAGACCAACAAUAUUUAAGAGAACAAAAAAAGAUUCAGUUUCAAAAAUUACAGGAGACAUUACAGUGGAACCUGUAAGCCCGGACAGCGUAAAACCUACCGAUCCCGCGGGAGAAUACGUUGCCUCCACAUCAUCCCCUAUCAGGGAAGACGAUAACACAUCCAUUUGCUCGAUAAAUACAAGCAAACAGUCCGGUUUCUUUGACAUUUCAUUCGCAUCCAUACGCAGUUCUAAAAAAGUAAUGUCGGCUUCGAAACUUCGCAGAAGCGUCAAAUCGUUUACGGCCUCAUUUCGCAGCGAACGCAAAAAGAAAUACGAGAAGAGAGCUGAACGCAACACGGUGGAAGUCGAUGCAUGUCACCUUCCUGCUGACUUGAGGAAUGUUUCCACGCCGAAGAGAGAUCUCGACGAAAUGAACUUUGAUAUUUCUCCUGUGCAAGUAGAUACCGUGGACAGUACGGAACCGAGAACACCGACAACACCAACAACAGAGUUUUCCGUAGAUGAAUUGGACGACUCGAUAUUAUUUAAAACACCACAGAGCGUCUGGCUCCGCGGCGGCCCCCUCCCUGGGGCGACUGGUCCCCGCGCGCGACACGCCGCGUUCUGCCUCGCCCCCUCCCUCAGCCCCGGCCCCGCCCCCUCCCUCAUCCCCGGCCCCGCCCCCGCCCCGCCGCCCCCCUCCCCCGCCGGCGCGCGCCCCCUGCCGCCGCCCGCCGCCGCGCCCCCGCCCCGCGACGCCCGCGCCAUAUCGCAAUGCCAUGGAAUAUCGCUGCCGGUGGUGGACGAGCACAACACCAUCGUGUUGCCGGAGUGCGCGGAGCAAGUGCACAUCGUCAAGGCGGAGUGGUUUUGGGCCUCCGUUCAAAACGAGGAGGCGCAGGACGAAAAGGACUACCUAUUCAAAGAUUACCUGGAGGAGGUGUCGCGACGGUCGUCCGUGGGCGGCGCGGCGGCGGGCGCGGGCGCGGGCGGCGAGGAGGUGGCGGGCGGCGCGGGCGGCGCGGCGGGCGCGGGGGGCGCGGCCGGCACGCCGUCGCAGCUGCAGCGACUCCGCAAGCGCAAGCUGCGCGGCGGCGACGCGGCGCUGCACAAGCGGCGCUCCUCCGUCGGAGACACCGUGCUGCUCAACCUCUCAGAAAACCUACUCGACAUCAGCACUCCCUCGCCAGUCGGGAAACAACUACUCGAAGAGUCAGAAGUACCCGACAAUGUAGUGCGUAAGUUGAUGUCUCCCCGCCAACAAGUAUUUAUGGAGUUACUACAAACGGAAUCGAAUUAUGUAGGAAUACUCCACACUAUAGUCACGAUGUUCAAACAACCGUUAGAAGAAAUGGUGGAGGAAGACAACAGUAAUGGGAAAUAUCAAGCAUUGCUCAACAAUACAGAAUUAAGAAAUAUAUUUGGAAAUUUACCGCCUAUAUAUGAAUUGCAUCAGCGCAUGUUGGAGGAACUAAGAUACACGCAGGCACACUGGAGCGAGGAAGCAAACAUCGGCCGCAUCGUGCUUAAAUAUACAACCGAUAUGCUCAAAGCUUAUCCGCCCUUCAUUAACUUUUUUGAAAACACCAAGGAGAUGCUACAACAAUGCGAUCGUGAGAACCCAAGAUUUCAUGCAUUCCUGAAGAUCUGUCAGACUAAACCAGAGUGCGGAAGGCAAAGCCUACAGGAGCUCUUAAUAAGGCCAGUGCAACGGUUACCAAGUAUAAGUUUAUUACUGGAUGAUAUACUUAAACAUACGCACAAAAAUAACCCGGAUCACUCAGCAUUAGUGUCAGCUCUGGCAGGCCUCCGUGAAGUUAUGUCGCAUAUCAACGAAGAUAAACGAAAAACCGAAGGACAACUACAAAUGUUCGACAUUUAUCAUGAUAUAGAACAAUGUCCGCCCCAUCUAGUAUCUUCUCAUCGCUCAUUUGUCGCGCGCUGUGAAGUUGUGGAAUUAUCUAAAGAAUUAUCCGGCAGAGGGGAUCAUCUUGUAUUGUUUCUCUUCACGGACACAAUGGAAGUGUGCAAAAAACGAUCCAAAGCAUUCAAUAGUAAGAGUCCUACUAAUGGAACAAGUACGAUGCGGUCGAGUAAACCGUACCGGCACAUAUCACUGAUGCCAUUGAGUACUGUCAAGCGCGUGGUCGAUAUAAGAGAAGCAGAAGAUUGUCACAAUGUGUUCGCGCUAAUGUGCCGCAGUAACCAAGAAUUAAAGGAGAAGUUGUAUUCGUUCAUGAUCACUGAUGAGACGGUCGAUAAGUCACAUUUUCUCCGUCAGCUCUGUCGACAGAUGGCUAACACUGUCUGCAAAGCCGAUGCGGACAAAUUCCUAGCGUGCCUAGAGUCGCAUCAACUAGAUAUCGACACCAGUGACCUCGCACUUAGUACGUUGUCUAAAGUUUCCAAAUUCGCCGCGCGUACAAGAAUUAAGUUGGAGGCGCUGGCGGGCCUGGGCGGCUGGCUGCGCCCCGAGCCGGCCACCGGGCUGCUCGAAACAUGGGUAUUGCGCGCUCACUUACUCGCACAGGUGGGGCGGGCACUCUCCUUUAACAAGACCCCGUCGAAACUCAAGCGCGCCAUGUCCUCGAUGAUCUCGCCCUUCGGUUCUCAAGCGAACCUGACGCCCGCUUCGCAACUCGCUCAGAUGAAGCUCGCCAGUUGCAAUAAUAUCAACGAAAUGGGCACCAGCGGCGGUGGAGAGGGCGCGGAGGUGCUGGUGGCGCCGCUGUCGGUGCAGCCCACGCGCAAGGCUGCGGGCGCGGCGGCCGCACUGCGGCGUUUCUGACGGCGCCGCUCGCGCCGCGCUUGAUGCCGCCCGCAGUAACGUCCGCAACCGAACGCCGCAUUUCGGAACGGGCGACACACCAUCGCAAGAAAAAGUCAAGAAAGAAUAUUAUAUGCAACAAAAUUGAAGCCAUUCUUCUAUAAAUGUGUUUGUUAUGUGAAAGUAAUACGUUAAAUGGUGUAAAGAAACUGUCGUAGAGACAAAGGAAUAUUAAGUUAUAGUACAUCUUAGUAAGAUGAUGAAUAAAAAACAUUCUCAGUAAUUUAGGGUAAUUUUGAAAUCAAUUUUCACGCAACUCAUUUUAAGAAAUUGACGAAUUUGAGUAUUUGACAAAUGUUGAUAAUCGUUUGCCAAAUGGACAUAGUUCCUGGUGUAAUUGUGUGCGUGAAUGAGUGUUUGUUUUAGGACAUGGCUUUCCUUCACAUUAAUUGCACCUAAUGUUUCUUUUUAACUUUUUUUUGCUUUGGCCAACACUCUUCAGCCAAAGUAACUUUCCCACGAAUUUUUCUCCUCGAAUAUGUCGCGGUAUGUGGUAUUGAGUGAAACAAUUAACUAAUUUCACUUGACUGAUACACUCGGAACUUUAUUAUUACGCAUCCCGUCUCGGUGGGUUAUGGUAUACAUAACCAAUCAUAUUUAGUAACGUUCAGUGAACCAGUGUUAAUUAAACGUUCUGCUUAGGGAACAGGGAUGUGGCAAUUAAAUGUAAUUUAUUUGUUUAUAAAAUGAAUAUAAUGGACGAGGCGAUAUGUAUUGUAUGCGUGCUAGGAGUGCCUUUGUGUGAGCCAGAUUGAAAUUAAACCGCAGGAAUAUAGUAAAUUAUUUGAUAGUAUUAUUAUGAAUAAUUAAACGGCCUAUAAUAUCGAAUAUUAUUUUACGUUUAUAUAAAUAAAAGAUUAUACAAUCGAAUAUAAAAUGUUGUCUAUAUUUUAUAAAAAUA